AUGGAAGACCUGAGAUGCAAGGUCCUCCUUCCUAUCCAGAAGAGAAGAGUCUUAAGCUCGCCAGUUAAUGGAUCCAGGAGGAGAAAUCCAGCAGAGGGAUGUCCCCGUCCUCUGUAUUCCCAGGACUGUCCAGAAGAGACUGACAAUGCUCAGGGGGAAGAUCUGAAUAUAAUUACAGUGGAGUUUGAAGCAGAAGAAGAGCGGAUGAUGGGCGAUCCUCCACGUAGGAGUGAGGUGGAGGAGGACCUUCCAGUCCAUGUGACCACAGGAAACCCCAGUAAGAACUGUGAGAGGAACCUCAUGUUUCCACUAAACUAUAGAGCAGAAGGUGAAGAUAUCAAGCAGCGCUCUUCGGGAGGAAACCUCGUUAGACUUAACAUACAUUCAGGACCUCACGGAACAGAUGUGUCAUGUAAUCUAUUUAAUCAGAAGAAACCUCCCGAACGACCACAGGUUCUUACCACAAAUACAGGGCAGAAAGGAGGUAAAAAGUUUCAGUGUGAUGAGUGUGGAAGACAGUUUAACAAGCACUCAGGUCUUUUUUCACAUACAAGAACUCAUACAGGAGAGAAGCCAUUUCCAUGUUCAGAUUGUGGAAAAUGUUUUAAGCUGAAAUCAGAUCUUGUUAAACAUCAGAGAAUUCACACAGGAGAAAGACCAUAUUCAUGUUCAGUAUGUGGGAAAUGUUUUACUAUUAGAUCAAAUCUUGUUACACAUGAGAGAAUUCACACAGGCGAGAAGCCAUAUUCUUGUCCUCAGUGUGGGAAAUGUUUUGCCCGGAGCACAGUUCUUGUUAAACAUCAGCAAACUCACACAGGAGAGAAACCACAUCCGUGUUCAGUAUGUGGCAGAUGUUUUACAGAUAGAUCUAAUCUUGUUAAGCAUCAGCGAAUUCACACAGGAGAGAAGCCAUAUUCCUGUUCAGAUUGUGGAAAAUGUUUCAUGCUGAAAUCAGAACUUGUUAGACAUCAUAUAAAUCACACUGGAGAGAAGCCAUAUUCAUGUUCAGUAUGUGGGAAAUGUUUUACAGAUAAAUCAGAGCUUGUUACACAUCAGAGAAGUCACACAGGAGAGAAGCCAUAUUCAUGUUCAGUAUGUGGGAAAUGUUUUACAGAUAUAUCAGAGCUUGUUACACAUCAGAGAAGUCACACAGGAGAGAUGGCAUUUUGACAUUAUUAAUGUGAGGAAUGUUUUAAAAGUAAAAUCAAUUUAGAAACUCAUCAGAGAAUUCACACAGAGAAGAAACCAUAUUCUUGCUUGGAGUGUGGGACAUGGUAUAAGAUGAAAAGGUUUUGUAGCAUAUCAUUAAUCAGCCGAUACGAGGGUUUAUUUCUUGUGUGGAAUCAGCCUGGAUCUGCCAAAUACUCAAAUAAUAUUUAUGUGAGGGCAGCUGUGCUGUGGUCCAUGGAGGAGACAUGUUGUGGACAUGAGGAAGACAAGUAGAGCCUGGUCAGAGCAUUGGCGCUGAAUUGUCCUCAUAAACCUGGCUUCUUACCACUUAUUUUUAUCUGAUAUUCUGGUUAUAUAAAGUUAUCACCUAUCCACAGGAUACAGGAUUACUAUUAGAUCUGUGGGGGUCCUGCCACUGGGACCUCCAUUGAUUACAAGAAUGGGGGCCCCGUACCCCGUGGUGCCCCCCAGAAUGAAUUGCUGCUCCAAUUCAUUUUUAUGGGAGUUCUGGAGAUAGUCGAGUACAGUGCGCUCCAUCUCUGGACCUCCGAUAGAAAUGAAUGGACUGGCAGUGCAAAUGCCCAACUGGCUGCUCUGUUCAUUUUGGGGGGCACCACAGGGUAGAGGCCCCCGUUCUCAUAGUCAGUGGGGCUCCU